AUGACUGAAAAUACAACACCUUAUUACAAGAAACAGGCAUCAUACCAAGAUAAACGGUAUACCAUAAACAAGUCCAAUUUAAUCGAACCGAUUAUUCGACAUCGAAUACAAGACUCCUUAUUUUACAAACAACAUUUAUAUUUGAGUAAUGAGGCAACAAUACUACCGAUUAUUAUCGAACAUGUACAUUACAUUGGAGGUACAGAUUCUUCAAACCGACCAAGCACUUUUAUAUCGUGUUUAUUCAGAUUGUUAGAACUUGAACCAAGUAAAGAGAUAAUCAAAACAUAUUUGACCCAGCUUGAUUUUAAUGAGUUCAAGUACCUCACGGCAUUGACAUUGAUUUACAUCCGCUUAACAUAUCCAAGUCAGGAAGUAUAUUCCAUAUUUGAUCAAUACUUUCAAGAUUUCCGGAAGUUACGAAUAAAAUUGAAAACGCCAGUGUUUGACUCACAGAAAUUGCCCAUUCAUUAUAAAAUCACAUUUAUUGACGAAUGGGUGGAUACAUUAUUGGUGAAUGAACGAGUAAUUGAUUUGAUGUUACCACGACUAAUACCAAGAACAACGCUUGUUGAGCGUGGUCAACUUGCUCCAAGACAAUAUUACAUUGACGUCAGUGACGAAGAAGAGAAAGAUGCUGGCGAAGAAGAGAAAGAUGCUGGCGAAGAAGAAGAUAAUGAUUAUGAAAGUGAUAGUGAUUAG